CACCAGAGAUCUCUGCUAAGAAGAACAAAGUUCUCUGCCUAUAUAUGAAGGAGUUAGCGUAUGGAAAGAUGAAGAAAAGUAGAAUAGAGGAAGUUUAGGUCAAGCAACAGCAGUCUGUGGGGUUUCAUCCUGAUCUAUAAGGAAGGUUGAAGAAAUCCCUGAAAGCAAGAACAUUACCGGGAAAAGGAGACGACGACUACAUCUUUGAGGAGCAAAUAGAAGGCGGACCCAACCCCCACAAUGUCCACUGUGAUGUGAUGCUGGGACUGAACUCGUUCACUACCCUAGCUUAAGGUGGCAUUAAAAAGUUUUUGUGCAGACCUGGAAGAGGCAAGUAUUAAGUCAUGAUGCAGGAAUCUGCGACAGAGACAAUAAGCAACAGUUCAAUGAAUCACAAUGGAAUGAACACUCUGAACAGCCAAUUAGAUGCUGGCAGCAGAGAUGGAAGACCAGGCAGUGAUACGAGCAGUGAAGUAAGCACAGUAGAACUGCUGCAUCUGCAACAACAGCAGGCCCUUCAAGCUGCAAGACAACUUCUCUUGCAGCAGCAAACAAGUGGAUUGAAAUCUCCUAAGGGCAGCGACAAACAGAGACCACUGCAGGUGCCUGUGUCAGUGGCCAUGAUGACCCCCCAGGUAAUCACCCCUCAGCAAAUGCAGCAGAUUCUUCAGCAGCAAGUAUUGUCUCCCCAGCAACUUCAGGCCCUUCUUCAACAGCAGCAAGCGGUCAUGUUGCAGCAGUCAAAAUGGUUUAUUCAGCAACAACUACAAGAGUUUUACAAGAAACAGCAAGAGCAGUUACAUCUUCAGCUUUUGCAGCAGCAGCAGCAACAGCAGCAGCAGCAACAGCAGCAGCAGCAACAGCAGCAACAGCAGCAGCAGCAGCAGCAGCAACAGCAGCAGCAGCAGCAGCAGCAACAGCAGCAUCCAGGAAAGCAAGCAAAAGAGCAGCAGCAGCAGCAGCAGCAGCAGUUGGCUGCCCAGCAGCUUGUCUUCCAACAGCAGCUCCUCCAAAUGCAACAACUCCAGCAGCAGCAGCACCUGCUGAAUCUCCAGCGUCAGGGACUCAUUUCCCUUCCUUCAGGCCAGGCUGCUCUUCCUGUCCAGUCUCUGCCCCAAGCUGGCUUAAGUCCUGCUGAGAUUCAGCAGUUAUGGAAAGAAGUGACUGGCGUUCACACUAUGGAAGACAACGGCAUUAAACAUGGAGGGCUAGACCUCACUACUAACAAUUCUUCUUCUACUACCUCCUCCACCACUUCCAAAGCAUCACCACCAAUAACUCAUCAUUCCAUAGUGAAUGGACAGUCUUCGGUUCUAAACGCAAGGCGAGACAGCUCUUCACAUGAGGAGACUGGCGCUUCUCAUACCCUCUACGGCCAUGGAGUUUGCAAAUGGCCUGGCUGUGAAAGCAUUUGUGAAGAUUUUGGACAGUUUUUAAAGCACCUUAACAACGAACACGCAUUGGAUGACAGAAGCACUGCUCAGUGCCGGGUUCAAAUGCAGGUGGUCCAACAGUUAGAAAUACAGCUUUCUAAAGAACGUGAGCGUCUUCAAGCAAUGAUGACCCACUUACACAUGCGACCCUCAGAGCCCAAACAAUCUCCAAAACCUCUAAAUCUGGUAUCUAGUGUCACCAUGUCGAAGAACAUGUUAGAGACUUCCCCACAGAGCUUACCUCAAACCCCUACCACCCCUACCGCCCCGGUCACUCCGAUUACCCAGGGACCCUCUGUAAUCACUCCCGCCAGCGUGCCCAACGUCGGAGCCAUCCGAAGGCGACAUUCAGACAAAUACAACAUCCCCAUGUCAUCAGAAAUUGCACCCAACUACGAGUUUUAUAAAAAUGCAGAUGUCAGACCCCCCUUUACUUAUGCAACUCUCAUAAGGCAGGCUAUCAUGGAGUCAUCUGACAGGCAGUUAACACUUAAUGAAAUUUACAGCUGGUUUACACGGACAUUUGCUUACUUCAGGCGAAAUGCAGCCACUUGGAAGAAUGCAGUACGUCAUAAUCUUAGCCUGCACAAGUGUUUUGUUCGAGUAGAAAACGUUAAAGGAGCCGUCUGGACGGUAGAUGAAGCCGAGUACCAGAAGCGAAGGUCACAAAAGAUAACAGGGAGCCCAACAUUAGUGAAAAACAUCCCCACCAGUUUAGGCUAUGGAGCGGCUCUUAAUGCAAGCUUGCAGGCUGCACUGGCGGAGAGCAGUCUACCUUUGCUCAGUAACCCGGGAUUGAUAAAUAACGCAUCCAGUGGCUUACUGCAGGCAGUCCACGAAGACCUCAAUGGCUCGCUGGAACAUAUUGACAGUAAUGGAAACAGCAGUCCUGGCUGCUCUCCUCAGCCUCACAUACAUUCGAUCCACGUCAAGGAAGAGCCUGUGAUUGCCGAGGACGAAGACUGCCCGAUGUCCUUAGUGACAACAGCAAACCACAGUCCAGAAUUAGAAGACGAGAGAGAGAUCGAAGAAGAGCCUUUAUCUGAAGAUCUGGAAUGAAAACAGACUUGAGAAACCUCAGAAUGAAGGGACAUGUCACUGACCUUCAGAACCACUCCACAACCAUGAAUAUUUGACGAGUUUUUACUGUGACUAUUUAUUAAGCAUGGAAAAAGGAGACGGCCCUAAAGGAACUUGUUAAGCCAGCCCUUUUGGGACCCAGUACCAACAGGCAAAUUUGCUUGUUUUCUUCUUUUUUUUAGAAAAACAAAAAAGACAAAAACUGAUUUUCUUGAAAAAAAAAGAACUGUUCUUUCUAUAAUGGCUUUGCCCAUUUAAAAAAAAAUGUGGCUCUUAAGGGUUCAUGAAAUGACUGAAUAUGAGGAUCCACGUUCUGUAGAAAGCAAAUGCGCCUCAUAUACUGCCAAAAAUAGUGUUAGUUUCAUUAAUGUGAAUUUUCCAGCAUUCAGUAGUUGUAAUGUUAGAAACAAUUGCUGGUCAAGUUCAACUUGUUGCUAUUGUUUUUAAUUUGCACAGGAGUAGUAUCAGAAAUUAGUGUCACUGCUUGUAUCUAGCUGAAUUUGAAACAACAGAACAUUAGUUUUUUUGUUUUUGUUUUUUUUUAUGUUGGUGCCACCAACUGUAAAUGACAUAAGUUAGUUAUUCCAAACCACAGUAAUUAGACUGUCGCAACCAUCCGCAACCCCUAAGAUUCCAGUCCGUGCUGUUAGUGUUAAGAUGUAAAGUGCAAUCCUAAGCUAACAUUGUCUGUGCAAGCACCAUAGAAACAUUUGCAUAUCUGCAUAGAUCUCACAACUGUACUCUUUACCUCCUUGUGAUAAAGCUUUGUCUACCUGCAAACACAGUCCAAGGCUACAGCUGUAAACCAAAGCCAACUCUAACAAUGGCCACUCUAGCUCCAGGACAGAAGCAGCCACACGCUUUGAGCCUUCUGUAACUUUAAUUAGUACAAAGAAACCUUUCCACGAACUACCUGCUGUUUUCUGACGACCUCUGGGAUCUUUUCUGCUUAGUCCUCUACCAAGAAACAAAUACGAAACAAGUCCAUCCAGUCAGUCACAAUGUAAUCUUCAGAGGCCAAAAGCCAGUCGAAAGGCAAUGGAGAGUUGCUUCCCUUUAAGACAGAGGUGAGAUCAAAGUCUGCAGUGGAAGUUAUGAUAGAAAGCAAGAAAUGUGGGUCACUGACCAAAACAAUUAUGCACUUGAUGCAAAUGCAGAUUGCAUAUUGUUAUAUAUGAUACAUUGUGUUUUUCUUCUUUUUCCCCAGUCAGCCAGUUCCUUUCUGUGGUGAAUACACGUUGUUAGAAGAUGUCUUGUAUGGUCUUACUCUUUGUUGUGUACUAUUUUUUAUAGUCUUAAGUUAUAAUGAAAAAAAAAAUAGUAGGAACCAAACAUAAAAGGUCUAGUAAAGCCAAAAAUUAAUUUCAUAUUGAUUUUAAAGUGAUCUAGCUGAGUUUUUACACUGAAAGCAAAGAUUAUAGCAAUUGUAGUCCAUGGUAUUUAUUUUCAGUCAAACCAAAGUUACAUAUAAUUCUGCCUCUGCUUAUACGGGAUACUAACACUAACAAUACACUCCCUUUGGAAGACUUGCACAGGCCAAAUUGUUGGAAUGCUGGUUUUCUCAACAACUCCAAACAUUCCCUGCCCUCCUUCCCCCCGUCCCCACCCAAAAAAAAAGAGAGAUAACAAUAUGAUAAUGCGUUAUGGUGUAGUUGAAAAUAGCAUAGUCAGAUGUUUGCUUAAAACCUAGAAACUUUACGUGUUGCUUUUCAUGUGCUGUGCCAAGUCUUGAUAAUACUUUUUCCCCCAACCGAGGGACCUCAUAACCUGAUGAUGGUUAUUGCUUUACAAACAGUUUUUGACAGAAGGUGGCUGCUAGAGCUUUUCACCUACAUCCCAGUUCCAUGUGACGGAGCCGGGUCUUGCAAAGUAAGCUCCUCGUUUAUUCUUUGCUGGAGUCAGCAAAUAGACUUAAAGAGACACCCAGUCAUCUAUCACGCCAAAUAAAAGGACAUAACGGCUUUCAAAAGGGUUUUCCCACUUACCCAAAUGGCUUUCUGAAAGCUUCUACCUCUGCAAAAAAAAAAAAAAAUCAAAAAAAAAGAAAAUGAAAAAAAAAGAAAUUCGAACAAUUACGGCAGAUUGCAUGAAAUGUGAGAACGUCACAGUAACUGCUACUUUUCAUUAUGUUUGUCUUUGGGUCAGGAUCAACAGAAGGUUUCCAGUAAUUAUAGCCGAGAAAGAUUGGUUCUGUGAAAGGAGGGUUUUUUUCAGUCAUCUAGGCUUCUGAUAGGGGGAAGUGCCUGAAAGGGGGAAGGGGCUCUUUUCAGGUGUGGGUUCGAGGACUUUGAUGCCUGAAAACGAACGUGAUAGCGGUCCCAUCGAGAGACGGCCUAAGACGACAAUGCUAAAGUAUGCAUACCUCAGUUACAAAACUUUUGAAAGGAAGUCUCAGCCACAGAAUGCAUAUACCUGUAGAGUUUUGCAUGGGUUUUAUAUAAAUACAAUUUAAAAAAAAAAUAGCUGCUUGCACAUUAUACCAGAAAA